AUGAGCAAUUCACCACAAGCUGUUGAUCAGGUGGAGUUUCUGUCCCAGCCUUCUGGCAAAGCUGAGGGGAAACAUCACAUUGUGAUUGUCGGAGCGGGCAUCAUUGGUGUGUGCACUGCUUACUAUUUAACUCGUCAUCCUUCGUUUGACGCUUCCAAGCACCACAUCACCGUUCUAGAAUCCAAAAGAGUUGCAGGUGGUGCCUCUGGUAAAGCAGGUGGACUCUUGGCGACUUGGGCAUUCCCACAACAAAUUGUGCCCCUUAGCUUUCAGCUGCACCAGGAGCUAAGUGAUGAAUACGAUGGGGAAAACCAAUGGGAUUAUCGCCGUUUGACUACAGUUUCAAUAGAAGCAGACGUUCAAAACGUAAGUGACUCCACAGAUAAGGCUGGUUCAAUUUCCAGCAAGAGCAGUAACAGCAGGUCGCACACUUUGGCAACGCGCAAAAAAAAUCGACAACCCCGGAAAAAUACCACUACCCCAGGCAAGAAAAAACGUUGCGCGCAGACCAGCAGAAGUAAUAGAGACGAAGAUAGCGGCAAUGAUAGUGAUAAUGAGAGCGACGACGAGAGUGAUGGCAAAGACGAGCUUGAAGCGUUGGAACUAGGAGUCAGUAACCCUGUCGAUGUGGACUAUGAGUCCGACGCAAUACAGGAGUCAUGCGGGAUGAACAACUCUAGCAGCACCCAACCAUCGGAUCUGCCUCAAGAUCUCAACUGGAUCAGAACACAACUUGUGCGCGACUGGUCUUCCUUAGGAGGCACCGAUUCCACCGCUCAGGUGCAUCCAUACAAAUUCACGUAUUUCCUUUUACAUGAGGCCAUGAAAACAGGAGCAGUAGACCUUAUCUUGGGAAAAGUGAAUGAAAUAAGGUACAAUGACAUGGGAUGUGCUUCUGGUGUAUCGUACACACCCACGUCUGAAGAAAUCGAUGCUAAGACAGACGCGGUGGAAAUUCUGGACGCUCAGCAAGUCGUCCUAGCCAUGGGGCCUUGGACUUCGAAGCUUCUGCCGGACUGUCCAAUUUCAGGUCUAAGAGCACAUUCCAUCACUAUAAAACCUUCUACCGGUACAGUCUCUCCAUAUGCGAUUUUCACGGAGUUAAAAAUCGGUCGAAACAACUAUUUUUCUCCGGAGAUGUACGCUCGUAAGGAUGAAGUAUACGUAUGUGGGGAAGGUGAUACUUUAGUCGAGCUACCUGAGACAAGUGAUGCUGUGGAAGUUGUACGUGAGAAAUGUGACGAACUUUAUCACUACGUAUCCAAGCUUUCGUCUAAUCUCUCAAAGGGCCAUAUCCUGAAAAGACAAGCUUGUUAUUUGCCUGUGCUGAAUGUUCCAACCAGUUCGGGACCUCUCGUUGGAGAAACCAAUCUCGAGGGUCUCUUUUUGGCUUCUGGUCAUUCCUGCUGGGGUAUUAAUAAUGCACCUGGCACCGGUAAGAUCAUGAGUGAGCUACUGCUGGAUGGUGUAGCAAGUAGUGCGGAUAUAUCUGCUUUGGACCCAGGGCUAUAUUUCGACGCAAGUGUAUUGGAAUGA